AGCAGAGAGAGGUUCGAGGCUCAUGCAGUUUUGGUGGGAGCGUUUCGUGAAACGUGGGAGCUAGCCCAGCUGUCUUGGGAUUGGCCGUUCCCUGCCACGCGAUGUCUGAUAGCAAAGUCUUUUUAGGUUGUAUUCCGAAUCAUGUCGAUGAAGAUGUGCUGAAGGAGGAAUGCGAGAAGCAGGGGACCAUCAAGGAAUUCUUCUACUGCCAGGACCAGGUGGGCACCGACAGAGGCUGGGCCUUUGUGACCUACGAGGAUGAGACCGAAGCCGCCGUCGCUGUGGCGAUGUUCAACGGGCAGCAGAUCUUUCCAGGAAGUGCACGGCCUUUGCAUUGUAAGUUCGCCAAUGAGAAGAUCACCAAAAUCGAGGGCACCGUCUUCGAGGCUCCAACAAAGGCGGUGACUCCUUGGCAAGAGUUCACCACACCCGAGGGCAAGCCCUACUACUACAACAGCGUCACCAAAGAGACUCGAUGGGAGAAGCCCGCGGAGCUUGGUGGACAGACCGCACCUGGAGCGCCCUCCUUACCAGCUGCAGGAAGUGGCACCACUGGACAGCUGGCGCUCACUCAGGCAGCGUUGCCCGCGAUGCAAGGAGGCAAUGGACCACCAGGAGCUAACAUCUUUGUCUUCCACGUGCCAAUCAAUUGGACGGAUGACGACUUCAAUGCGCACUUCUCUCCGUUCGGUCAGAUUGUCUCUGCAAAGAUUCAUGUGGACCCAGUGACCAAGGCCUCGAAAGGCUUCGGUUUUUGCUCCUAUGCUACGACGCAAGCUGCGACCAUGGCCAUCAAAGGAAUGAAUGGCUUUGACACGAAGCAAGGCAAGUUCCUGAAAGUCACCAUCAAGAAAGGAGAGGAGCAGUACAAUCCAGAUGCUGUCUCAGCGCAAAAUAUUCCUGUCCAGACGGGCGGCUCAACGACACCUGCAAUUGUGGGUGUGCAACCCACGGUGGCGAUGGGCGUGGACUCCUCCACCCUGGCGCAAGCUGCUUCGAAGGGUCAUCUCGUGAAGGCCAAUCCAACUCAACCACCUGCACCUUUGGCCCUCCCCGGUGGACCUCCGCAAUGAAUCGGAGCUCACCUCCACGCCAGAAAAGAUCGCCGCGGCCGGGGCCUGGUCAGGCCGAUGGCGUUCAGGAGCGCCCGCCUUGGCGGUCUCCGGGGGUGGCCCCUUUCCUCAGGGCGUGGCGCCGAGGGCAGGGUGGCCACCAUGCCACGCACGGAAGACGCCGGGGGACCACCUUCAGUUCACACGUGUUCCGGGCGCAACGCGGACGUUGGAACUCUGGAGGUGUGCUUGAACCGCGGAACCGGGUGACUCCUGUGCUGUUUCUCAACCGACACCGAUGGACCCCUUGGUCCGCCACGACUGCGCCGAGCGUUCUUUUCUCGAUUUGAC